GGACAUAUGGAGGAGCUUUAACGUUGUAUAUGUGGUUUGUGUGCUCUUGAAAUAACUUACGAGAUGCAUUGAUUACACGACGCAAGCCGCAAUUGGUUGAUUGACAUUUCCACACACGUGUCGGAUUCUAGUUAAGCCGCUGCAUCUGUAACACGGACUACCUGCAAAGUAAUGACGCAAAUGUCUCCAAAUUUCUUCUAUAUAACCCGUUAACACAAGUGAUCUUUCAAUACUACCUUGGACUGACAAGAUGGCAACUUCAACGCGCUUCAACGUCUUUGGCCUAGGCUCCCUCGCACUGCUGAUGGCGUGUCUGCUGAUAGGUGACGCAACUGCUGCUGAUCCAGUUUAUACCGAGGGUGAUUUUAGCGCUAGCAGUUACAACUCGACGCAUUGUUGGAUUCUCACCAACUAUAGGCAUCGACUCACCCAGCCUCACAGGAUUUACAGAAUGGUGGAACUUUGCCUCAAUGGGGGAUCUAAUACACUCUGUGAGGUUAAAGUCGCAUCAGCAGAAGCUGGUUGCCCAGUAGGAUUCUCAUUUCAGUACGAAGACAGCUGCUACAAAAGGAUCCCUGGAUGGCGUAAACACGAUUAUGCUGCAGCCCUGUGCCAAUCUUACGGUGCAUCGUUGGCCUACAUGAGCGAGGACGACAGCGACGCUGAGUUGAACGCCGUCGGAGGGUUAAUAGUCCUAGAUGGCGGGGCACCUUGCAAUGGAGUCUCUGAGUAUACACUUGGAAACGCGGAAAUACCACCUUAUAGUCCGUAAAUACUGUUAAAAAGCGCCUGUUCUUACCUACUAUGGCGUGAACAACUUAUGUAGUGUAUUUUACGACGAGAAUCAACGAUAAAACAAACAUUCCAGCUCAGAAAUGUUAAAAUUAGAGUUAGUUAAAUAAUAGGACUUUGGACACGCCACAUUGGAAAAUUCAAAAACAUUUACAAAAUAAAAACACUUGUGUUCUGACAUUCACGAAAUAGGAUUCAUUGUGUUACCUAGGUUGUAUACCUUCUCUGACUUAACGUUGAUGAAGGAAAAGGGUGUGACAGAUGUGAUUGUACCCAUAUCAUGUGGUGAUCUCUGCUUGCCAUAUACUAAUGAGGAAUAUUGUCACCAUCAGGCAAAAAUACAAGGUGUCCACAAAGUAUCUUUACAUACAAUACAAAGCUUGUGUAAAGUGUAAAGAUACUUUUUGGACACUCUGUACAAUAGAGGGGGGACAAUACGCCUAUGAAACAUUCAUCUUUAUCACACCAUUUUCCCAUCACAGGCUCCUAUCAAUUUAGCUAUCUCUGUCAUCAUAUACUACUUACAACACUCAAUUACUUUGUUAUUGGAUUGAUAUCUUUGGAUAUUUUGAAUAAAAUUGCACAUUUAGUACACAA